AUGGCGAAUCCUUGGUGGGUGGGGAAUGUUGCGAUCGGAGGAGUUGAGAGUCCGGUGACUUCAUCAGCUCCGUCUUUGCACCACAGAAACAAUAACCCGACUAUGACCCGGUCGGAUCCGAGAUUGGACCAUGACUUCACCAACAACAGUGGAAGCCCUAAUAAUACGCAGACUCAGAGCCAAGAGGAACAGAACAGCCGCGACGAGCUUCUCGCCGUCGAACCCGCUUCCGGAUCCGGGUCUACGGGUCGUCGUCCGAGAGGCAGACCACCUGGUUCCAAGAACAAACCCAAGAGUCCGGUGGUCGUCACCAAAGAAAGCCCAAACUCUCUUCAAAGCCACGUUCUCGAGAUUGCCACGGGUGCUGACGUGGCGGAAAGCCUAAACGCCUUCGCUCGUAGACGCGGAAGAGGCGUUUCUGUUCUCAGCGGUAGCGGUUUGGUCACUAACGUCACUCUGCGUCAGCCUGCUGCCUCCGGAGGAGUUGUGAGCUUGCGUGGCCAGUUCGAGAUCUUGUCUAUGUGCGGUGCUUUUCUUCCAACUUCCGGCUCUCCGGCUGCAGCCGCCGGUUUAACUAUUUACUUAGCCGGAGCUCAGGGUCAAGUUGUGGGAGGUGGAGUCGCUGGACCGCUUAUUGCAUCUGGACCGGUUAUUGUAAUCGCUGCAACGUUUUGCAAUGCUACUUAUGAGAGGCUACCGAUUGAAGAUGAGCAACAACAAGAGCAGCAGCAGCAGCAGCAGCAACCGCAACAAGAGGAAACAAAGAAGGAGAAGGAGAAUGAUGAGAACAACGAGAGUGGGAACGAUGGAAAUGAAGGGUCGAUGCAAGCUCCUCCGUUGUACAAUAUGCCUCCUAAUUUUGUGCCAAACGGUCAUCAGAUGGCUCAGCAUGACGUGUAUUGGGGUGCUCCACCGCCUCGUGCUCCUCCUCCGUAUUGA